CUAGAGCGUCCACUUCCGGUGGGAGGCCCUACUCUAAGAAACGGACUCAAGACCCCGCAAAGCAAGCUUCUGAGCCCGAGAGCGUCCUUUCUUCCCCCCUCCCUCUUAUUUUUGUUCUAGUCUUCCCUAUUUCUGUCUCCCGCUCUCUAUGGUACCAUAGAGAGAGAGAGAGAGAGCCCCGCCUAGAGCGGCACCAGAACGCGGACUUCCGCCACUCCUUUUAGCAUUACAUCUGGGAACCCGCUUCCUGGCAAGGAGCAGCCAUGGCUGAACGCGGGGCUCACCUGACAGCAGCCUCCGGCCACGAUGACCGGCCGUCCAUCUUUGAGGUGGUCGCUCAGGACAGCUUGAUGUCGACAGUGAGGCCGGCGCUUCAGCAUGUCAUCAAGGUGCUGGCCGAGUCGAACCCAGGGCGUUACGGCUUCCUCUGGCGCUGGUUCGACGAGGCCUACGUCCUCCUGGACCUCCUCCUCCAGCAGCACUACCUCUCCCGGCGCAGUGCCUCCUUCUCGGAGAACUUCUACGGCUUGAAAAGGGUCGCCUUGAGCCGCGGCGGAGACGGCAAACCCCUGCGCUCCUUGGUCACAACCGGUUUGCCACAGGGACACCACUACGCAUCCCUCUGCUUGCUGGUCCUGGUGCCAUACCUGAGGGCCAAACUGGAGAAGCUGGUCUCCCGGCUCCGGGAGGAGGACGACUACUCCAUCCACCCGCCCUCCUCCUCCUGGAAACGCUUCUACCGGGCCUUCCUGGCCGCCUACCCCUUCGCCAACCUGGCUUGGGAAGGCUGGUUUUUGGGCCAGCAGCUGUGCUACCUCCUAGGGAAGGCACGGCAACACUCCCCGCUGCUGAGGAUGGCCAGCGUCCAGUUGGUCAGGCUGACCGCCGAAGACGUGCGAGGCUUGGAGGAGGGGGCCAGGGACACCAACAUGGCUGCGCAGCCGUCCUGCAGCCUGACGGACCGCGUGCGCACAGCAGCCAAGACCGCCCUGGGAGGGCUGGCCUUCUCCCUCUCCACCGGCCUCUCCGUCGGCGUCUUUUUCCUCCAGUUCCUCGAAUGGUGGUACUCUUCGGAAAACCAGGAGACCAUCAAGGCCUUGACCGCCCUUCCGGUGCCCCCGCCGCCCGUCCACUUGGAUCUUGGGACAGACCCUCCGCUCCUGCCCACCCUCAAGGCUCUUUGCCCACUUUGCCGGAGGGUCCGCGCCAACGACACAGCCCUGGCCACCUCCGGCUUCGUCUUCUGCUACCGCUGCGCCUACACUUACGUCAAAGCCCACCAGCGCUGCCCCGUCACAGGAUACCCGACAGAGCUCCAGCACCUGGUCAAACUGUACACACCGGACAACUGACUGGCGUCAUCUUGGGGGUCCGCAAAAUGCCAAAAUUUCACCCCAUUUCUGUGUUUCUCUCGGACAGCGAUGGCAGUCCAAGCGUUGCAUGACUUGGUACUUUGACAAGUAACUUAGAAAAGUAACUUCUUUUGGGCUACUGGAUCCCAAAAGAAACCCCAGCCAUCCUUACCUGGAAC